GUGAAUACAGACAACUUCCAAACAGCUCUGUACUCGAGUACAGGUACACAGGACCCUCACGAGCGCGGAGAUGACGACACAAAACGCGCACAUAUGCACGCCACCGCCGCUGCAACUUCCACCGCUGCAAGCUCGACCGCUGCAAGCUCAACUGCUACUAAGUACCCUUUGGUACCAAAAGAAACACAACGCCGCAUUGUACGACCAGAGCUAUUCCAGCUUAUGAAAAAAACACCUUUGAUUUUCUCGUCGUCUGUAAUAAGAAAGAGGAGCACUGGUGUUGAGUGCGCUGCUGCAUGUGACUCAGCUCGUGCAGCCUUGGUAUACGAUGCCGAUUUUCGAGAACGUAUUGAGAUCAUGGCUUGGAAACGGCUGUGUUUUGAGAUGCCUAACGUACAACCAUGGAAUAAGUUGAGCGACAUACCGGCCUCUGUCGGGGAGCAGAUGGAAGCUAUAGGCUGCAUGCUCACUAUCUGAUGUCAAAUCUGCAACGCAUUUGAGCACAUAUCACUUCGACAUGGAUCGGUGCUAGCAAUCGGC